AUGGGGAUUGGCACCGAGAUCAGCUGCAAGAUCCGGAGUGCCGUUAAGGAGAAACUGCAAGAAUUGGGAGCUUAUGUCGAUGAAGAACUUCCUGAUUACAUUAUGGUGAUGGUGGCCAACAAGAACAGUCAGGACCAAAUGACAGAGGACCUGUCCCUGUUUCUAGGGAACAACACAAUUCGAAUCACCGUGUGGCUUCAUGGUGUAUUAGAUAAACUUCGUUCUAUUACAACUAAACCUUCUAGUCUAAAGUCUUCUGAUACCAAUAUCUUUGAUAGUAUUGUGCCUUCAACCAAGAGCAGUUUCAGUCGGGGAGAUGAGAGAAGGCAUGAAGUUACGGUGCCACCUCUUGCCGUUUCCAGCAGUAGACCUGAAAAAAGAGAUUCCAGAGUUUCUACAAGUUCACAGGAGCAGAAAACUACUGUUAGGCAGACUUACGAUGAUGGAGCUGCAACCCGACUGAUGUCAACAGUGAAACCUCUGAGGGAACCAGCUCCCUCUGAAGAUGUGAUUGAUAUUAAGCCAGAACCAGAUGAUCUCUUUGAUGAAAACUUCAAUUUUGUGCAGGAGAAUCCCUUAUCUCAGAAAAAACCAACAGUGACACUUACAUAUGGUUCUUCUCAUCCUUCUAUUGAAAUUUACCGACCACCUGCAAGUCGAAGUUCGAGUGGUGCUCAUUUAAACAGGUUGCAAUUUCAGCAGCAGCAGAACAGUGGUCAUGCUAGCAAGCAACUUGAUGCACAGAACAGCCGGGUGUAUGAAACAGGACGUUUGUGUGAGCCAGAAGUACUCUCCAGCUUAGAAGAGACUUACAGUCCUUUCUUCAAAAAUAGUUCGGAAAAAAUGGGUAUUGAGGAUGAAAACUUUCGGAAGAGAAAGUUGCCUGUGGUAAGUUCAGUUGUUAAAGUAAAAAAGUUCAGUCUUGAUGGAGAAGAGGAGGAAGAAGAUGAUGACUAUGGCCCCCAGACAGGAAGCGUCUCCAGCAGUGUAUCAGUGCCUGCAAAGCCUGAGAGAGUUCCACAGAAGCAGACAUUUCCAGUUGCUCCCAGAACGCGAACCUCUCAAGAAGAAUUGCUACCAGAAGUGGUUCAAGGGCAAAGCAGGAUCCCCAGAAUAAGUCCCCCCAUGAAAGAAGAGGAAACAAAAGGAGAUAAUAUAGAAAAAAGUCAAGGAACUCAACAGAGGCAGUUACUGUCCCGCCUGCAGAUUGACCCAGCAAUGGCGGAAACACUGCAGAUUAGUCAAGCUGAGAUGAGUGAGCUGAGUGUAGCACAGAAACCAGAGAAGCUCUUGGAGCGCUGCAAGUACUGGCCAGCUUGUAAAAACGGGGGUGAGUGUGCAUACCACCAUCCGGUGUCACCCUGCAAAGCCUUCCCCAACUGUAAAUUUGCUGAAAAGUGUUUAUUUGUUCAUCCAAAUUGUAAAUAUGAUGCAAAGUGCACUAAACCAGAUUGUCCCUUCACUCAUGUGAACAGAAGAAUUCCAGCACUGCCUCCAAAACCAGUUACAACACCAGGAAUACCUUCUAGUAGUCAGCUCUGCCGUUACUUCCCGGCUUGUAAAAAAAUGGAAUGUCUCUAUCACCCAAAACAUUGUAGGUUUAACACUCAGUGUAUGAGACCAGACUACACAUUUUACCAUCCCACCAUUACUGUACCACCACGACAUGCCUUGAAAUGGAUUUGGCCUCAAACCAGUGAAUGACAGUCCUACAUGGCAGAAGAUUAUGCAGUUUGAAAGUUUCUGUCUACUGCUGAAAGAUUCUACAGAACUUGUCAGAUCUUUGAAACUUGAAAUAUCUUGCUUUCAUAAUAUGACGUUU